GACCAGACGUUUAGUUUGGCCACACUGCAACACUAUAAUUUGCAAGAAUUGCAAGAAAAAUAAAAUUAGGCUUAAAGACAAAGAGCUAAAGCGAUGGAAAGUGCCGAUAUAGGCGGCAAUGAGCUAGUUGCUGCACACAAGCGUCGUUUCUCCGACAGCGAGUGCGCCCCUAAAAUAGCCACGCCCUUACUGUCAACGCUCAAUGCUGUGGACUACGAUGACCUGGACCGGGAGCAGCAGCCGCCGAAGACAAAACAACGCAAAAGAGACGAUCUAUUGGAGUCAGCAGCUGACAUCCUGCUGCAUUCGACAUCGGGGCAAUGGCCAAAUCUCUUAAACCUUUGCGAUGAAUUGCUAUACGAGAUAUUCAAGUACCUGGACACAUCGUCGAUAAUGGCAUUGAUGCAUUGCUCGCCACGUUUGGAAAACUUGUUACUGGAUCAUCGCUUCUGGCACCGAAUAGACCUAAGCAAUGGCCCAUUGCCUUUGGGUAUAUUAGAAGAGAUUCUGGGCAGAGCCACAAAUAAAACUCACACAAUAAAGAUAUGCGGUCCGCCCUCAUCGCAGCAUGUUGCUGGCGAAGGCAAACAAUUCACAUGCACCCUGACCGCAGUGUUUCCCAAAGUGUCCGAACAACUUACAGAGUUGGUGUUGCAGGGCAUUAGCCUGGAUUUUGAAUAUAUACAUAUAUCCGAGUUUCCAUCUACGAUAAAGAAAUUGGUGCUAAAGGAUUGCAGUGUCAAGGUGGGAGAUCAAGUGAAGAGUAUAUUUCAUACCAUAGAACGGCAAUUGAUCGAAUUGGAGGAUCUCAGUAUAGAAGAUAACGAUUGGUUUGAGCCCUACUACAUAAUGGCUCUGUCCAAGUUGCCCUCGUUGCGGCGCCUCAGUUUGAAAGGCUGUCAGAUGCUUUGCAAAUUUGUACCCUACGGCAGCAUGGCGGCUCGUUUUGGUUUCCAAAAAUUGGAGGUUCUCGACUUGCGUUUAACACCCAUUAAUAACUCUGAUCUCCAAUGCUUUAGCGCUAUCGAGAAUUUAAGGGAACUGCUUUUGGAAUCUCCGCCCAAUAUGCCAUCGGUUUCCGAGAAAUCAUCGCCGCAGAAGACCAGUAACGUCAAUGGCAAUGACAAUGAGGAGGCCGUGCCUGGGACUGGGGAUAACAUUCUGAAAAUCCUCAAUGAUGACGAACCAUCCACGUCGCGAAGAGCAAUGGAACAAUUGCGAGCUUGCAAAAUAGCCCAAACUAGGGAUCAGAGCACUGAGACGUUGGCAACAGAUGCACCCACCUUUAACUCGGACAAUUGCAAUGAAAGAGAUUCACAACAGCAGCAUGAACAACAUCAACAGCAACAAGAACAACAGACGAGUCAACACUCCGAUUCGGAUUACGAUGAGGAUACCUCGACCACAUCGGCAUCAUCUUCAGAUAAAUCGGAUAAUGCCCAUCCGCUUAGCAACGGCCAUGAUCUUAACAAUCCUAUGCGCUCGCCGCUUGUAGUUAUUGCUCUUCCCAGUUUGGCUUCAAACCAGCAGCCUGGAUUAGCUGUUCCUCCUAAUCCAGAUCCAGCAGCAGCAGCCGCUCUUGCGGCGGUCGCUGACCUAGAAGAGAAUCCCCCGGCAGAAGGCGGUCAAGCUAGGGUAGUUCCACGUGCAUGGAUAUAUGCGCCCAAUGAGCCACGUCAUGUUGGCGACCAUUCACGACCACAGCAAAAUGUGGCUGCCCUGCUGGAGCAAAUGGCAGAUCAAUUACGUUCAUUGCGGGGCAACAACCCGGCACAUAGCCGAUUCUUGCCUCGUCGCGAUCAAGUGAUUUAUGCCAAUCCCUUAAGGGAUUGCGCCGCAUCACGCAGACGCCGCGCACCGGAGCGACGUGGCCAUUUGGAUCAAGUAAUGCAUCAUCCGAUGUUCUGGAAUAUGAUCGAUCCAUUGGAUCAAGGCAGACGCAGUCGCAGUCGCCCACAAAGCCAUUGCCCAGUGCAGCCUCAAUACUUUGUUUCCGAUCGGGCGAUCUACAGCUUUGGACGUGCUCCGCGUCCUGUCCAACCGGAUGUCGUUUGGAUACGCCAUAUCAAUCGAUCACCCGACAAUCGGCUUGAGAGAAUCUCGUUGCGAAACUAUAAGAAUAUAACCAACAAUUCGCUAGAUCAUUUGGUCCAGUGUUCGCCCAACCUGGUCUUUAUAGAUGUGAGUGGAACUAGCAUUGAUCUGGCGGGCUUACGCAUGUUCAAGAAGGUGAAGCCGCAAUGUGAAGUGGUGGCCACCCAUUUGACCGAUGUGGACGGGUAUCAUGAGAAUGAAUUGAAUGAGCAGCAAACAUCGCCUCCGCCCAGCCCGCCGGUGCCGCCGCCGCAGCCAGCUCAGCAGAGGGAGUUUGUGGAACCCUAGAUUUAUAUAUAAGUAUAUAUGUUUAUAUAAUCCUCCCAGAAAUUUGUGACUUUUAUUUACUUGUACACCCCCCGGCCGUCCUACCAUUACUUUCGGCAUUCAUUUUAUUACAUAUACAUUUUUUGUUUGUUAACUGACGUCUCAUGGCUCAGCUCGGCCCAACACGACGCCAAGAAUCCAUCUUGGCAUAAGAUGUUUUCGAAGUAUUACGUUAAAAUAUCUUGUACUAUAUGCAUAUACUACCACUACUACUACUACACUACUACUAAUAUUAUACUAUGUCCCCCCGCCUGCAACGGAUGCAUGAACUGUAUAAACUACAAGUCCUUUGUGUUAAGCAUUAAAGUGAACAUUUUUUAAGUUA